AUGACCACCGCCGCAGGGCGAGCGGCUCGUCAACUGCUGCGCUCCUCUGCAGCACCCGCGCGUCCGUCGACUUCGGCGCUUCAGAGCACCACCAAGGCACUCCAGGCCCAUUUCUCCCGCAGCGUCUCGUCCUCCGCACCCCGCACCUCGUUCCUUUCCAACAUCACCGACCGCCUGGCAAAGGUCGCUCUCGGCGACAACUACACCAAGACAAAGGAACGCGGCGGUGUGCUGCCCGCCGAGCAGACCAAGCUCGACUACGAGAAGCGUCGAGACGCUGCCAUGGCCUCGGUCUCUCCAGACGGCAUGCCGCUCUUUGACGACGUAGAGGCGCUGCCCAUCUCGCAGCAGGCACAGCGUCAGCAGCAGCGUAUCUCGGCCAAGAUCCAGGCGCGUCAGCUGCGCAAACGUUUCAACGCCAAGGAUCCCGUCACCGGCGCCGCGCUCGAGCACAAGUACUCCACCGCAGCAUUCAAGAUCUCGCCGCGCAAACUCCAGAUGCUCGCCAACCAGAUCAGCGGCCAACCCAUCGACUAUGCCAUCCUCCAGAUGCAGUUCAGCCCCAAGCGCGCCGCCAAGCGAGUGCUGAGCACGCUCGCUCUCGCGCGCGAUCACGCCGCCGCCAAGGGAAUGGAAGUGCCGCGUCUUAUCGUCAGCGAGGCUUGGGUCGGCAAGGGUCUUUACCUCAAGCGGGCCGACAUCAAGGGUCGUGCUAGGAUGGGAAAGAAGCACCACCCCCAGGCUAGGAUGAGCGUCGUGCUCAGGUACGGAAAGACGUACGCCGACAAGGAGCGCGAAGCCAUCCAGACCGCCAGGAAGAGGAUGCGCGCCAUCGGAACCGGCGGCGUCGUACGCACCGACAAUAAGAUCGUAAACACCUUCCAGAGGCCAGGCUGGAACUGGUAG